ACAGAUGUGCCCAGAUUUCUCUGCCUCAUUCCCUCUAGAUUACUUUGUAGCUACUGGAGUUAUUAUUGUCUCUGCUUUUUCUACUUUAAAAUUUCGAUUGAAGAGAAAGAUUCGAAAAGCCUGUUUGCCCGAAUCCCGAGAAAGAAAACCGAAACUGAAGGCUAGAGGAGAAAGGAAACCGAAACCACGCUCCGGUAUAAAAGAUGGGCUGGGCGGCCAGAGGAGCCCAGUACUUCCCGUCCUUGGCGCGCAAGGAACUCGGCGCUUCCCCUGCAGCUCGGGGUCUGCUGUUUUCAUUACUAACUACCAUUUAGAGCACCCAGAGUAAUGGAUAUUUGCCAGUUCCAAUUAAAGGAAGAGAUGGAAGCAAGAAUGGAUAAAUGUACGCCAUUUUUAGAGCAUAUGUCAUCAUUUAUUUUGGACCAAUUGCCAAAGGCUGAAUAUUCCAGUUUAUUCAAUGAUUUUGUUGAGUCUGAAUAUUUUCUGAUUGAUGGGGAUUCAUUACUUAUCACAUGUAUAUGUGAGAAAUUAUUAAAGGAGGGACAAAAUCUGCAUUUCUUCUAUCUGGUGGAACGCUAUCUCAUGGAAUUUAUUGAUAAAGGAGGACAAUUUACCAUAGUUUUCUUCCAGGAUGCUGAGUAUACCUACUUCAGUGUUCCUGAGCUUCUUCCUUUGAGAACUGCUUUAAUUCUUCAUCUUCAGAAAAAUACUCACAUCAAUGUUUGUACUCAAUUUACCGGGUGCUUAUCAAAGGAGUGGAAAACGUUCCUGGAUGAGAAUUACCCAUAUUUCGUGAUAGUUGCAGAUGAAGGCCUGAACCCUCUGCAAACACACCUUUUCAACUUUUUAAUCAUUCAGUCGUGGUCAAUGAGAGUCAGUGUUGUACUUUUUUCUGGGCAAACCGCUGAUAUUCUUCGACUGUAUGCAUACUUUAUGCCAAGUCUAUACCCCAACCAGAAGUUUUUCAAGGAGAAUGAGAAGUGCAUCCAACGUGCUUAUAAAACGUUGCUUAGAUGUUUGAAAGAAUAUAGAGUUUUAUCAUUAGAACCUGUCUUUAACAAUUUAGCUUCGAAACAUAUGAUGGAAGAGGCAUAUAAGACUGUGUGUCUACUUCAAGAAGUGUGGCCAAAAGGAUCUGACAUUCGACGAGUCCUUUGCGUUACUUCAUGCUCACUGUUUUUGGAAAUGUACCAUCACUUCUUAGAAAACAGAAAGAUGACCACUUCUGAAGAGACAACUAACAAUGCAAAGGUGAAAAGAAAUUGCUUAACCCUGCAGGAUGCAGAGGAUUUGUGCAGACUGCAUUGUCUCAGUGUGGUUUUCCUACUACACAUACCUCUUUCUCAGAGAGCUCAUUCUAGAUUCAUCACUUCCUGUUGGAUUAAGGACACUAAGAUGUUCUUUAAAAUGAAAAAGUGGUGUGAAUAUUUCAUCUUAUGUAAUGUAAAUGCUUUAGAAUUUUGGAAUCUAAAUUUAACUGACCUUUCUGACUUAAGUGAUGAACCUUUGUUGAAAAAUAUUACUUUUUAUUAUGAAAAUGAAGAUGUAAAAGGUUUACAUUUGAACUUGGGAAGCACCAUUGUGAAAGAAUAUGAACAUCUCUGGAAUACUAUAUCAAAGUUGGUAAAAAAGUUCCAAGUGGGCAAGCCAUUUCCUAUCAGAACAACCACACUGCAGUUUCUUAGAAAGAAUCCAUUGUCAAUCAAAGACACCUCCAAAGAAAUAGUGCCUAAUUUGGGUUUUAUUCCAAUGUCAUGUCAAAUGGUUGACAAAUUUUCUGGAGACAUUUUGAAAGAUUUACCUUUUCUAAAGAGUGAUGAUCCUGUUGUUACUUCACUGGUUAAACAGAAGGAAUUUGAUGAACUUGUGCACUGGCAUUCUCACAGACUCCUUAGUGAUGAUUACGAUCGGACAAAAAGCAACUUUGAUGGAAAGUCUAACGACCCUUGGGUUCUAAAAAACAGGCAAAAAUAUCACAGGUUUCAGCGCUUUUAUGGAAAUUCAUUAGACCCAAUCUCUUCAAAACUCAUUGUAACCCAAGAUACAAAGCCGAAGAAGAAUUUUAAUGAAGCUAAGAACAAAAAGGCUCAUGAGACUAAGGCUGAAAUAAUUGCUAGAGAGAAUAAGAACAGAUUAUGUGUCAAGGAAGAAGAAAAAGAAGAGCAGAAAUGGAACGCUGUGUCAUUUUCUAUUGAAGUAGAAAUGACAAGGAAUUUCAGCUCUGGAGUAAAGAGCCUGGAAAACUUUUUGAAAUCAUGUAAAAGUAACUCAGUGAAAGUUCGUGUUGAACUGGUUGGUCUCACUGCCUGUUUGAAAGUGUGGAAAGAACGCCAUCGAGAUAAAGAUUUAAAUAUAGCUGUCCAGAUGAUGAAAAGGAUUCACUCCUUGAUGGAUAAAUACUCAGAACUUUUGCAAGAUGCAGAUCGGCAACUCAUAGGCAGAUGCCUUAUGUAUUUAGGAUUUGAUGAGUUGGCAAAGUCUUUUUAUACAGAUCAGGAUGCAGUAGACAACAUAAAGAAGAAGAAGUAUUCAGUUGGCAUUGGGCCAGCUCGGUUUCAAUUACAACACAUGGGCCAUUAUUUGAUACGAGAGGAAAGAAAAGAUCCGGAUCCAAGGGUCCAGGACUUUAUUCCUGAUACUUGGCAGCGGGAGCUCCUCGAUGUGGUGGAGAACUAUGAGUCAGCAGUGAUUGUUGCCCCGACAUCCUCAGGCAAAACCUAUGCUUCCUACUACUGCAUGGAGAAAGUGCUGAAAGAGAGCGAUGAAGGGGUGGUUGUGUAUGUUGCACCGACGAAGGCCCUCGUUAAUCAAGUGGCAGCAACUGUUCAAAAUCGUUACACCAAAAAUCUGCCAGAUGGUCAAGUUCUUUGUGGUGUUUUUACAAGGGAAUAUCGUCAUGAUGCCCUCAACUGUCAGGUACUUGUUACAGUGCCUGCCUGCUUUGAAAUUCUGCUGCUGGCUCCUCAUCGCCAACAAUGGGUGAAAAGGAUUAGAUACAUUAUAUUUGAUGAGGUCCAUUGUCUUGGUGGAGAAAUUGGAGCGGAAGUCUGGGAGCAUCUCCUUGUCAUGAUCCGAUGUCCCUUUUUGGCUCUUUCAGCUACAAUAAGUAACCCUGAACAUCUCACAGAGUGGCUGCAAUCAAUAAAACAUUACUGGAGACAAGAAGACAAAAUAAUGGAAAAAAGGAUGGCCUCCAAAAGAAGUGCUGGCUGUCAUGCCAGUUUCUCUAAAAACUAUUUGCAAAUAAAGCAAUCGUAUAAAGUUAGACUUGUGCUCUAUGGAGAGAGGUAUAAUGAUUUAGAGAAGUACGUAUGUUCCAUCAAAAAGAAUGACAUUUGUUUUGAUCACUUUCAUCCAUGUGCUGCAGUAACUAUUGAUCAUAUUGAAAGGUAUGGAUUCCCUUCUGACCUUAUGCUUUCACCUCGAGAAAGCCUCCAGCUUUAUGAUACCAUGCUUCAAGCCUGGAAAAGUUGGCCACAGGCCCAGAAUCUCUGUCCAGAGAACUUCACUCAUUUUAAGAAUAAAUUAAUCAUUAAAAAGAUGGAUGCCAGAAAAUAUGAAGAGAGCUUAAAGGAAGAAUUAAGAAAUUGGAUUAAAAACGGCAAUAUAGAGCAGGCUAAAAUGGUACUGAAGUCUCUUAGCCCUGAUUCAUCUUCUAGUUCAGGAGAUAAGUUGAUGAAAUUUCCACUUCUUGUUGAAGAACUAAAGAAAAUGGGGAAGUUACCUGCAAUAUUUUUUAUAUUCAAUAUCAUGGUUGUAGAAGAAUGUGCCAGGAGGGUAUCCAUUUCCUUAGAGGAAAAGCAGGAGAGGAAAAGGCCUCCCAAAGCUGAUAAAGCAGCACACGACACGGCUAGCAAACUUCGAAAAGUUAAGAAAUCUGUUGAGAAAUGGAAGACAUUAGAUGAAAAAAGAGAGAAAAAAGCUAGAAUAUUGGGCCAAAACUUCAUACAUGAAGCUGAAUAUAAUUGUCUCCUGAAAAGUCUAGAGAAGAACAUGGAAAUUCCUCAGGAUUGCACAUAUGCAGAUCAAAAAAUGAUGGAUGCUGAGUUAUUGCAGAUGGUGUUUGAUCGUGUAAAAUUCGAAAGAAAAGGUAAAGAACUGGAAUAUUUGGCAGCGAGGGGUAUUGGAUAUCACCAUGGCUCCAUGAGUGCCAAAGAAAAACAGCUAGUUGAAAUUCUCUUUCGAAAAGGAUUAAUUACGGUGGUCACAGCUACUGGAACACUUGCUUUAGGAAUCAACAUGCCUUGUAGAUCUGUGGUUUUUGUUCAAGACUCAGUCUAUCUGGAUGCUUUAAAUUACAGACAGAUGGCUGGUCGUGCUGGAAGACGGGGGCAAGACCUGCUGGGAGAAGUAUUUUUCUUUGAUAUUCCACUCCCCAAAGUAGGGAAACUCAUAAAAUCCAAAGUUCCUGAGCUCAGAGGACAGUUCCCUCUCAAGAUAACACUGAUCCUGCGACUCAUGCUUCUGGCUUCCAAGGCAGAUGACCUAGAGGAUGGCCAAGCAAAGGCGCUGUCAGUGCUAAAGCAUUCAUUGCUGUCCUUCAAACGACCCAGAGCCAUGGAAAUGUUAAAACUUUACUUCUUAUUUUCUUUGCAGUUCUUGGUGAAAGAGGGCUAUCUAGAUCGAGAAGGAAAUCCUAUCGGGUUUGCUGGACUUGUAUCACAUUUGCAUUAUCACGAACCUUCUAAUUUGGUUUUUGUCAGUUUUCUUGUGAGAGGCCUUUUCCAUAAACUUUGUCAACCAACUGCAAAAGGCUCAAAGCGUUUUUCUCAAGAUGUUAUGGAAAAGCUAGUGCUAGUACUGGCAAAUCUGUUUGGAAGAAGGUACCUUCCAGCAAAGUUCUAUGAUAACAAGAAAUUUUAUCAAUCGAAGGUGUUCCUUGAUGAUCUCCCUGAGGAUUUCCUUGCUGCCUUAGAUGAGUAUAACAUGCAAAUCACAAAGGACUUUGCCUCAUUUUUACUAAUUGUGUCCAAAUUGGCUGAUAUGAAACAGGAAUAUCAACUCCCACUGUCCCAAAUCAAAUUCACAGGUAAAGAAUGUGAAGACUCCCAACUUGUGUCUCACUUGAUGAGCUGCAGAGAAGGAAGAGUAGCCAUUUCACCAUUUGCUUGUCUCUCUGGGAACUUUGAUGAUGCUUUGCUCCAACCGGAAAUUUCAAGUCAUACGAUUCUGCAAACGUUUGGUAUCAACCACGCUCAGGCUCCUGUACUGUGGCCGAAAAGGUUUGAUAAUCAAGGAAGAAGAAUGCCCCUUAAUGCUUAUGCACUGGACUUCUACAAACAUGGUUCCUUGGAAGGGUUAAAGCAGGACAACAGGAUACACACAGGGGCAGCUUAUGAUUUGUUGAAGGAUUUUUUACUCACCAUUAAAUCUAUCAGUGUUUCCUUGCGAGAAUUAUGUGUGAAUCAAGAUGACAACGUUGUUUUAGCAUUUGAGCAACUGAGUGAGACCUACCACGAAAAACUGAGUAAAGUCUAAAAACAAAGUUCAUAUAAACCUUUUAUAAUAUUACCGUGGAAAUUCUACAAGCUAUGGUUUUAUUUCUCCUGCUUUUUGUGAGAAAACACGUGAUGUAGUGUAAAGACAAAGCCCUGGCAUCAGAGAAUGGGAUUCACACCUGUCCCGUUCUAUCAUGAGUGCUCCUGAACAAAUUAUUUAGUGUGUCUGAUUCUUGGUUUCUUUUAAUGUUUGAAAAAUCAUGCUUACAUCAGAGAAUAUUGAGGUUUGCCAGAAAAUGAAAGGGUUUUGAAUGUAACUAAAGAGCCAAUUUUUCCUGUCUGAGACCUAAACAAAUAUUAAACUUUUAAUAUUUUUCUUCUUUAUUUUCAGUAUUUCUAAAAUGGUUAGUAAAGCUAGAAUGAAACGAUUGUAAUAUCCUAAAAGUAAAAUGUAUUCAUCCCAAAUAUGUAUUUCACAUAAUGUAAAUAUAUGAGUAUUGUAAGAAUAUUUUCUAGUAAACAAUGUGUUUUGUAAAAGUACAAGAGUUUGAGAUUUAAAUUGCAUGAUGCUUAAAUAACAUGCAGCUGGUAUUUGUUUUAUUUUAAUUAUGCAUGAGUGGAAAACAACAAAGAAAUAAAAUGAGUUAACUCUCUUAA